AGUGAAUUCAUGAAGUGCAUAAUUAUUCAGCUGGAAUGCGCCGAUAAGGUUCUAUUCUUGAUCUUGAACAAGUAGUUGAAGCACCGUCACGUCCGUAGCUGUAAUAAAGCCAGUAAUUAUGAUGGAGUCAUGCAGGUCCGUGGCACUUGCGCUACAUGUACUUGUCCUUCUUAUUUGGGCACUGUGUAUGCAACAAUCAGCAGCUCUGAAAGCUGGCGUCGCCAAAGUGGAUGCAACGCUACCUGUUGGUGUUCCUUUGGCUGGCUUCAGCGCUCGUAAAACAAAAUUCUGGCCAAUCCCCAGGCCGACCAAGUACACUACUUUCAUGGAGCCCAGCGUAGGUCACCUGGAUCCCACUUGGACAAAGGCGCUGGUCCUGAAAGACGACGACGGCACUGAGCUGUGCAUUAUCACCUUUGACGGCAUCGGUGCAGAUGGAGCGCUGCGCAAACUGGCCUACUACAAGGCAGCCGUCCUGGGCUUUCCCCUGCCUCUGUCCAACGUCAUUAUGUCAGGCUCUCACUCGCACAGCGGCCCUGGCGCCGUCAGUCCGGAGUUCCUGUGGGAGUUUGCGCCUGCCACGGACCUGAUUGUUCCUGAAUUGCAGAACAUGGUGGCCGAGAAAAUGGCUGAAGCAAUGAUGACCGCCUACAAGCAACUUGCACCGGCCUCGGCUGGGAUCGGCGUAUCACAAUUGUUCAAUGUCACCAAGAACCGCCGUGCCGGUGUCAGCCCGUUCUUGAAGCCCACUGACAUCGACCCGAACAUGGCAAUAAUCAGUGUUGAUUCGGCGGAUGGGAAACCACUGGCUACAGUUUGGAACUUUGCCAUCCAUGGCACAUGCCUGGGCUCGAAGAACUUGAACAGUUCAGCAGACAUCAUGGGAGCUGCCAACGCGGCCAUUGAGUCGCUAGUUGGCGGUACCGCACUCUUUAUCAAUGCCGACGCCGGAGACAUUGCACCAACUGGGGCAACGUGCGACGGAAACGCGGAGAGGCCGCACUUUGCCGGUGCUGACAUCAUCGCAGCGCAUGUCAAGGAAGCGCGCAGUGACGUCAAGGUCUAUUCGGAUCUCCAGUUGCAGCUCAAGUCACAGCUGAUAGACUUUGGUCUGACUGAUCUCAACCUGACUUUGGCGCGAGUGCAGAACUGCUCUUCGGGCGGACCGCUGGAUAUCUGUGGAAUCUGUGAAUUUCUAAAUUGUGACCUUCACCUGCGAUUGGACUCUUCCUGGGUGGAGGAGAUGCCGCGCUUCACAGCUGUGAAAUUUGUGCAUGGCUCGAACACCGACAUCCUCGUAACCGUCCCCGGAGAGGCUCUGAGCGGACUUGGCUUUGAAAUUCGAGCGGAUAUGAAGAAGCUCGGCUUCGAUAGUCUUGUUCUUGCGGGGUAUAGCAACGACCACAUGGGUUACUUUGCCACGGUACAGGAGUAUGACGUUGGUGGUUAUGAGUCCUUGCUGACCUUCUGGGGAUCUGGCACGGCCGAGAAAAUCCGUCAGUCCUGCAGCGCGGUGGCAUCUGCACUGGCUUCGUGAGCGCGUCAGAGCAACUUCCAAGCUGCCCCACCGCCUGCGACAACAUCCCCUGUGAAAUGUUACCAGAAACUGCAAGGUGCAUGACUGCCGAGAAGGGACACAAAUCUCCAUUGCUGUGACUCUACGUAACAGCAAUAACUUUUUGUUCCCAUUCUCUAUACAACCACAUGUAUUAGAUGUAUAAAGCUCCGCAUCUAGGUGCGUCGAGCACUCUCUCUCUCUCUCUCUCUCUCUCUCUCUCUCUCUCUCUCUCUCUCUCUCUCUCUCUCUUUCUUUCUCUCACUCUCUCUCUUUCACUCUCGAUCUGCCACAACUCACUCUAAUUGUAAAACUGCAAGGUGCAUGUAUAUAAGCAAGAAGGCAUACUCAUGUACUGUCUCUCCCACACGCCGCCACUCGUGUUCACUCGUUGUCGUGCCAAAAAAUUCUAUUUGCAGUACGGUGUUGUUCUCGUCUGGUACUUUUGUUAGCAAUGUUGUCAAAUUUCUAGUAGCUUGUCUUCUUUUUCAUCUGGCUGGACCAAAGAGCAUGCAAUAAUUAUUAUAGUGAUGUCACGUUUUUCUCCGUCCAUGUUCUGUUAAAAAAAAUUAUAGAGAAGCGGUGGCUUGUCUUUUAGUUUUUGAUUGUUACAGUGUUUUGCACAGAUGACUGGUGUUGUCGCCUACCUUUCUGAUCUGGCACUAAUUGUUCAGGGAAGUUCUUCCUGUCGCCUGGUUGGGCGUGAUUUUAUGAUAAAUUAGCGAAUUUAUCAAAUUUCUUUGUAGAGUAUUUAAAACGAUUUAUUCCACUCCUACCUUUUCUGAUUUUCUAGCUUCCUCUAUUUUUUUUUAUUCAAUCAUUUAUUUAUUCUAGGUGGAAGAGAGUGUUACCUACUCGUGAGUUGGGCUGGCUGUAGGCUGGCCGGCUUUAGUAGCAGUAUGCUGCAUCUAAUAACGUGGGCAGUAUUGCCCCUGCUGAUAUUAUGAUGUAACAUUGUGCUUUGCCUGUCAA